AUGUCAGCUUAUUAUCAAACUAAUGGAAAACCAUUAUCUGCAGAGGCAUUAUAUAAACAGAAAUUGAAACAAGGUGUAUUUCAUUCACCAAGUGGAGGUAUCGUUGGAGUCAAUUCCAAUGCUUCGGACACAGCUGCAUUAUUAGCUGCCUCUUCCGAUUUAACUGUUAAACCAUCUUACGAACGUACAAUUGCGCCAGAAGCCCACACUGCAGCCUUGGCAGCAAAACAACAAAGAAUUGAAAUAUGGCACCGGGAUAAAGAAGACCCUUAUGCAGAUGCAGCAGCUGCCAAUGCUAGAACAAGUACACUUGCAAGUACUGCUUCUGCUCCAGUAUCUUCGGUUUAUACGGGAGUUCCAUCCUUAAAUUCAAAUUCAAUCUAUACUGCUGCUCAACAACUUUCAACAUCAACAAUGACAUCCAGAAUCAAUCCUGAGAGGGAUAUAAAAAGAAGUGGAAUUCAAACUAAAUCAUCUUCAGCAUCACCAGCUGCUGCUACUGCUGCUUUAAAUUUACAUAAAAUUAAUCAAGCAGCAGAAAGAAAUUCAACCAAAUCGUUAACAUCCCGUUUUAACCCCGAAUUGGACUACAGAUCAGGUUUGGUUGGCGAUCAACAAGCCAAAACCGAUGCAGGCGCAGCAGCUACGGCGUCCUUAAAACAUGGAGGCACAUUCACUUCCCAAGUCUCUUCCCAAACCAGAUCCAACACCUUCAAAGCCAGUGAUAUCGUAGGUGCUAAUCUCCUUUCAGUUGCGUCAUCAAGAGCUAAUGAACGAUUAAAUACCCUUAAUGCCGGUACGCCUGCCUCGUUGAGAGAACAAGCACAAGUAUAUGCCCAAGCACUCGCCGUUGCUCAAAAGAAUGCUGAUGAACGUAUAAAGAGUCAUCAAGCGGGUGUGAUUGAUUUAGGAGGAGGGUUGACUAUGUUGCGUUCAGAUUUGGAUAAAUUGGCCCUGACUUAUGUUAACCCUGUCUUGCAAGAUAUUGAACAUAAGGCCGACCUGAGAAGACAAGCCGAUUUAGAACGGAAACAAAGACAAUUGGAAUUGGAACAGGAGCAUGAACGUGCAAAACAAUUGGAAGCUGAAGCUAAAUUACAAGAAAAGCGUGAUUUAGAAGCUGCUAAACAAAAACGUAUCGUGGAAAAUGAAGAUAAGAAAAAACUGGAAGAGGAUAAAUACUUAGAGUAUCAAAAAGAGAGAAAUGAUGAAGUUGAUGCUAAGGGCCAGGAAUUGAGAGAACUUGAAGCUAAACAUGCCGAAGAGAAGGAAGCUUUAUUGACUGAAAAACAACAAAACCAAGAUCGUAUUGAUGAAGAAGAAGCGAAUUUCAUUGCUGAACGUAAGAAAGAAUUGGAAGAUAUGCAAGCUGAAAGAGAUGAACUCAUUAAACCAACAUUAGAAGAAUUGGAAGUUGAAACUGCCAAAUUAAAAGAAUUGACGGAUGCAAGAGAUGAAUUGGAUAAUGAAGUUAAAGCAGCAGAAGAUUUGGAUAAAGAAUAUGAAGACAAGAUUGCCGAAUUAAAUGCUAAAUUAGAAGAAACUCAAGCUGAAUAUGAAAAGUAUACUACUGAUUUAGAAGAUGCUGUUGUCAAACAUGAAACUACUGACAAAGAACUUGCUGAUUUCCAAGUUGCUCAUGAUAAGGAUCUUGAGGAUGUUAAUAAUGAAGAUAAGGAAUUAGAGGAACAAUUAGCUGCAUUAGAAAAACAAAAGGAAGAACAUUUACAAGAUAAGAAACAGAAGAAAGAGGCUAUUUUGGCAGGAAUAGAUGAAAAAGUUAAAGACGAACAUAAGAUUAAUAAUGAGUUACCUGAGCAUUUAAGAACUGAAGUAGAUGAAGAUAGAAUAAGAGAUACUGGGUCAUUAUUCUCAGUUGAAAAGCCUAAGAUUAAAGAAAUUCCAUUAGUGAAGGAGCCACCACAACAGGAUGAUGCAGCUACCCCGGCCACACCAGAACCACAACAGCAACAACCAGCCCCACCAUCCAAAAAACUUUCAGUUUCUGAUGUCCCAGUUAUCCCCCAAGGUAGAAACAAAAAGAGACUUUCAUUCUCCAAACGAUUAAGUUCAAUAUUCAAAAAGGAUAAACAUGAGACUGAAGGGUCUUCUUCUUCGUCUGCUUCUUCUCCAGCGACUUCACCAAUAAAACGUCGAAAGAGUUCAUUGGGAAGUAAAGAAGGUGAAGGUGUAUCUACUUCUGCUUCUGCACCACAACUGGGAAAUAUUCCAAGAAGUACAACUGGUACGUCAGACUUUGGUGAUUAUGAUGAACUUUCGAUAAAUAAGAAGGGACCUCAUAAUGCAGUAUUUAAGGAAGAAAUUUAG